AUGUUUGGAUAUGUCCUUGUCACAAAUAAAAACGAAGUGAUUACAUACGGUGGAGAUGAACGAUUCGACGACUACCUCCAGGAACGACUUCAUUCAGAAAUCCUCUUCUCAUCCGACACACCUUCCACAUCCAGUGGCGUACACACUGACUCAUCCACAGAGUCGUUGUGUACUCACGAAAGGACCUCAAUUUCCAGAGAUGACAGAGAUCUCAAGGAUACUUUAAUUGUUGCAAAUGAUGAAAUUGCAAGUCUAUUUCUUCCAAUCAUAACUGUUUGCCGAUCCCAGAAGUCUAUUCAACUUGACAAAAUCUUUUCUAUGACCUCUGAGCAGGUCACUAUACUUUUACGUCGUCUCAGAAGUAAUUAUUUACUGAUAUGCCUCGGUGACAACGAAAAGGUACAACAUCAGUUCAUGGAUUAUGUGGAACUUGGUCUGGAGGUGAAUGUUGGUCCUCUUCUCGAGUUGCUUGACACGGAUCCCUCGUCGGUGACGUUGGGAUGGAAUUUUUUGAAGUCACUCUCUGAAAACCAUUGCAUCCAUGACGAAACUAAAGUGAAAGCAUCCCUAGACAUCCGCAAAGUGAUAUUUUUCCAUUCUGAACUCUCAAUCACACUGCCGGUUUUGAAUGCGUUGUCGUUACAUCUCCAUGGGACCCUCGGCAGUAAUAGAUGUAUACUUCUUGGAAAUGGCGAUGUGCUUUCUUCCACAAGUAGUGAUGAAGGCCUUUUGUGGAAAUCUAUAUCAUAUAGUGAUCUGAAUUUUCUUCUGAAACAAAUUUCGAGUGAUGAGUCCAGUAAGAGCGAGGAACUGUUCCAGGUCUGGCUUCGAUCCACAAAAUCAAUCAUUCCAUACUAUGUUGACGUUAUGGUGUCCAAUAUUUGUGGAGACUUUAAAAUUGUUUGCCUUUUUGAGGCUAAAUAUAGCAUUCUUAUCAGGACCAUCACUGUUUUCCUUGUACAACUUGAUCGAAUUCAUUUCUCGGAUGAUGUCAUGAAGGAUACUUGUGAAAUCGAAAAAACAGUAGAAAGUAUUGCACAACAAUUACUCGCAUUCUCAUCUAGUAAUUCGACUAGAAGAAGCACUGGUGGAGGAUAUAUGAAAAAUCCGGAAAGAACUGCAUAUUUCAUUGAGUCAUUGUGGCAGCGGACAUCCGAUUUAUUGCUAGCUUCAAGCGGUUGCUAUACCUAUUUUCCGGAUCGACCACGGAGUUCAACGAAUAUCUCGAUAGGAUCGAUGAGAUCUGCAAUCUCUUCAGUUUCGCUGAAUUCUUCGACCAUGUCACAUUCGACAGCUAAAAAAUUUAAAUCUACUUUAAAAUGUGAUAUUACUAUGGAGUAUUUUCGACGACAAGCUGUAAACAUUCUACAAGAGCUCUGUUUUGAAUCUCAUCGAAUCACUGCUCCACAAAAAUUAGCACAAUUUCGGAAAAUUUUAUCCCGAGUCAUCGAUACGAGCGAUGGAUCCGUGUGGUCUGAUGUACAACUAGCAAUGACUCUGGAAAAAAGAUCCACACAACUCAAAGAAUUUUUGUCCCCAUUAAGUUUGGGUCUGGAUAUGGUGGCGUAUUCAGUAACAAUCCCAGCGAAAUCCAUAUCUGUAACUUAUACACCAGAUUGGAUAAGAGACGAAUUUGAAUCACCGCUAAAAUGUUCGCCAUGUAGCGGUUUUGUGGAUUUAAUGGGAAGAUCCGGAAAACGAUACAAUCUCUUCAGGACCAGAACAGUAGAAAAACGAUCCGAUUCAUGGAUGAACAUCCUGAAAAGUUUUCGAACAUAUUUGAAUGGGAGGAGUAACACAAACGAGGUCGGCUGCGAGUACGUGUUUGCAGUUGCACUGUUCGAGGAAGGAAUCAAUAAGGAACUCGCUGAAAGAGAAAUAUUAAAACUUAUGGAAAUUGUAGUCGCAAAAAUGUACUCUUCAUUUUCAUUUGUAUGUUAA